GCUGUCGCCAACUUCCUGUCCAGAAAUGGGGGGGGAGUGGUAGGCUGUCCGGAUGUCUCCCCGUCCUGAGUCGGGUGGUGGGGAUAUGUUGCACCGGGGGUGUGGUCGUGCGUCCAUCGGGAGAGAAAGAACGACUCUUAUCUUGCUUGGAGCCCAGGCCUGUGAUUGGUCAGUUUCCUGAUCAAUGGUCGCGUGGGGCAACGAGGACUUCAUCUGGUGCAAACAAGAGAGAAAGACUUAUGAGCACUCAAAGCUUGGAAAAAAACUGCAUAAAAUGGCCAAUGACAUUGAUGAUGCUCAGGCAGAGCUGGACUCAGUGGAGGCAGAGUUAGAGGUGGUAGAACUGCAGAUCUCUGAGCUGCUGGAAAAACAGGCAAAGCUGAACUCCAGGAAGAACAAACUUCUGAAGAACCUGGAGGGAGCCUGCAGCUCUGCCCAGCCCUCAGGAUCCAGCAAAGCUCCUAAAACUUCCAGUCCCUCUUUCAGCAAACAGGACAUACAGCAUUAUGAAGAGUCUGAUUUCUCCUGGUCAAAGGAAGUUCAGGAGAAACUGGUGAGCGUAUUCAAGCUCUCCAAAUUUCGUUCGCUGCAACGGGCAGCUAUUAAUCUCAGCAUGUCAGGGAAAGACCUGUUCCUGGUCAUGCCCACCGGUCGAGGUAAAAGUCUGUGUUACCAGCUACCAGCCCUCUGCUCCAACGGCUUUACGUUAGUUAUCACUCCACUGUUGUCUCUGAUGGAAGAUCAACUCAUGUAUCUGCAGUCCAUUAAUGUCUCUGCAGUAACUCUUAAUGCCUCCAGUACAAAGGAGGACUCCAAAUGGAUCCUGGCUGGCAUGAUGGAUAAAAACAGCCCCUUCAAGUUGCUGUAUGUAACCCCGGAGAAAAUCGCCAAAAGCAAGAUGAUUAUGUCGAAACUGGAGAAGGCCUACAACAUGGGUCUACUGGCACGCAUCGCUGUGGAUGAAGUUCACUGUUGCAGUCAAUGGGGGCAUGACUUCAGGCCUGAUUACAAGCUCCUGGGCAUUCUGAAGCGGCAGUUCCCCAAGGUCCCAUUGGUCGGACUGACUGCCACGGCAGCCAGCAAUGUUCUUAAAGACUGCCAGAAGAUUUUGUUUGUUCAGGAACCCAUCACCCUGACAGCACCGUUCAACAGAGUAAACCUUUACUAUGAGGUUCGUUUUAAAGAUAAUGAGGACUGCACAGACGAGAUUGCAGCAUUGAUCAGGGGAAGAUACAAAAACCAGUCAGGAAUCGUGUAUGUAUUCUCCCAGAAGGAUGCAGAAGUUGUGGCUACAGACCUGCAGAUGAGGGAUAUUAUUGCUCAGCCGUACCACGCCAACAUGCAGCCUGCAGACAAAUCUCGGGUUCAUCAACGGUGGUCCUCCAAAAAGAUUCAGGUGGUCGUUGCCACUGUGGCAUUUGGGAUGGGCAUUGACAAGGCAGAUGUGCGAUUUGUCAUCCAUCACACAAUUAGCAAAUCCAUUGAAAAUUACUAUCAGGAGAGUGGACGUGCAGGGAGGGACGAUGGCCCAGCAGACUGCAUUGUGUUCUAUGGGUUUUCGGACAUCUUUCGAAUAAGCACAAUGGUUGUGAUGGAGAACACUGGGCAGCAGAAGCUACACAACAUGGUGGCUUAUUGUCAAAAUGUGGACCGAUGUCGGCGUGCUUUGAUGGCCAUUCAUUUUGAUGAAGUUUGGAAUGAUGAUGAGUGCAACCAAAUGUGUGAUGUGUGUCGGCAUGGCAACGACUACAUCACAAUGGACAUCACUAAGCAUGCACGUGAGGUUGUUGAGAUUGUAGAGCUGGCCAGAUCUAUGGAUGAAAAGUUGACCCCUCUGAAAGUCUGCGAGGCUUGGAUGGGGAAGGGUCCUGCCAAGCACCGCAAAAUGACAAAGAUCACAUCCCUGUCCCGCUUAGAGGUGGAGUCCAUUAUCAUUCACCUCUUGUUGCAUGGAUACUUGAGUGAGGACUUUAGCUUCACUCCCUACACAACCCAUUUCUACCUGAAGCUGGGGCGUAAAGCUGCUCUCCUGAAGAACGACAGUCACUCCAUCACUAUGAAGAUGAAGAGGAGAGUGCCAUCACACAGCACAGUGAGGCAGUCAACAAUAUCAGCAGCCGUACAAGAUGUUCAUUUAGAAGGUGAGUCUCUAGAGGAAGUAGAGACGGCCUUGACUGAGGUUGCCACCACUGCCAUUGAGAGACAUAAAACUAAAAUCCACAAGAACCACCAAAACAUGGAGGAGAGCCUUGUUCCGAGCCAGAUAGACAAUCUUGCUUCAGAAGUGAGUGAGUAUGUAAAGCAAACCUCAGUAUUUGAUGUUGAUGUUGUGGUCAAUGUAAUAGAACAGAACAGGGUGACUGAAGAAGAAGAAACUAGCAAAGGUCUUCAAAACACUCCUAAACAACAAUCCACCUCAAUGAAAAGUAGGCAAAAACCACUAACUCAGCAAUCAAAUUGCACGGCUAAUGCUGAGCAGCCAAAACCAAAUCUGGUGAGCACACCUUCAGAAAUCUCCAUUAUAUCUGCAGCUGCUGUGGAGGAGUUACACCAUCUCCGAAGUUAUUAUAGCAAACAGUUAAGAAGGAUCAACUACAUUUCCCAUGAGCACUUGCAAAGCUCCCAGCCUGGAAUGUUGACGUGUAUGACCGAGCCCUUCAAAAGCCUCCGUUUCCCAUCAAGGACAACCAUAGCCAGAGGUGCCAGAAAUUUAUGGACUCGUGUUAGUAUGAGACGAAAGCUCAUACAGUGAUUAUGUUCUGAACAUUUGUUGUGUUUGUUUGUUGUUUUUGUUAUGUUAAUUAUGUUUAUACCAGGGUUCUGUUGAAUGCUUGAUUCUGAUUGUUUGACAGACGUUCUAAGGUGUGCAAUUAUUUUUCAAGUUAACGCACGGCUAUGAAGUAGUUCCAGGUCUUGACUGCAUAACGGUUCCAUAUCACUUCACCAAAUUAUUUCAGUUAUUUCAAAGAGCCCUAGAGGCUACCACAACAAAAUAACCAAUUAAAAUAAAGACACUGGUUAAGUAUAUCGGAUAAGAAUGACAAACAAUGUCUAUAAUAUCCUACAUUUAUUUACAUUUUGAUUGAAAAGCUUCCUUGGGCUCCCCUCUCUUACUCCCUCCCUUUCUCUCUCGUCUCACAAACACACACACACACACACACACACACACACACACACCGUACAUACCACAGCAAAAUAACCAUAUAAGCUAAGACAUUGGUUAAAGUAAAUUGGUUAAGAACGUCAAACUACGUCUAUAAUAU